UGUCCCUCUCAGAAUCGGAAUAAAUAAUUGGCGAUUAGCAAAAGAUUAGAAAAAUAUUCCUUUUAUAUUUUUCGUCUUCACCCAAAUCUCUUUACAGAGUUAACAGUCUUAACAUAGUUAGCCUCAACGCCCAAUUCCUCUCUCUCUCUCUCUCACUAAAAACAAGCUGAGUUGGUGCGAUUUUUGAUUCUCCGCCGACCUAGGAGAGAAACACGCGCCGCCGUGAUUCCUGUAAUGGACGACCGGAAUCGGCCUGUGACAGGCUAUCCCGCCCCAAAUCCGCAGACAAACGGCUACUCAGCCACCGCCGCGCCGCCGCCGCCGCCGGGAACCGCGUACCCUUACGCCGCGGCGGCUCCUCCCCCCAGCGCCUACUACUACCAGAGCAACCCCUACCAGCAGCAGAACUACCAGUACGACGCCGAGUCGGUGCGCCGCGCCACCUGCCUCCGCCGCAUCUUCGCCUUCGUGAUCGGCCUCGUCGUCAUCUUCGGCACCGUCACCUUCAUCGUCUGGCUCGUCCUCCGCCCCCAGCUCCCCGAGUUCCGAGUCGACUCCUUCUCUAUCUCCAAUUUUACGCUCAGCAACGACUCGCUCAUCUCCUUCACCUCCGAGAUCAAGCUGACCGCCAGAAACCCUAAUAAGAAGAUGAAGCUCGGCUACGAUCACAUCGAGACCGCGAUUUACUACCAAUCGUAUUCCCUCUCCGAGACCACCGUCGCGCCCUUCUAUCAAGGCACGAAGAACGAGACCUCUCUGACGGCGAGAUUCGCGGCGGCGGGGAGUUUUCUGGAGAAGGCCGCGGUGGAUGGGAUUACUGGCGAGAGGGGGAAGAAUGGCAAUGUGAACUUCAAUUUGAGGAUGCUUUCUAGGGUUAGGUUCGAGGCCAAGGCGUGGAGGACUCGAAGGAGGUUUCUGAAGGUGUUCUGUGGGGAUCUGGUUCUUGGACUGCCGACUAGUGGGAGAUCGGGGGUGUUAACCGGCGGACCGAGGCAGUGCCGCGUCGGGAUUUGAGAACCUAGAGGUUUAUCAGCUCUUGAAAGCACACUAAAAUUGGUGGUGGCUAGAACCUAAAUGCUGGUUGUCAUCCUCUGAUAUUGUAAUCCUUUUCAAAUACAGUGGCUUAUGCAUCUUAUGGUGGCAAUCUUGUCAUAUACGGCCUUCCUCCAGCUAGAAUCUAUUCAUCUUUUUAAGUGUUAUUUAUCCUCAACUUUUAUCCUACACUUUUCCAAUAGUUGGAUGAUAUCCAAAAGCAAGCAGGCAUGACUUCUAUUGUGGGUGGUGGAAAUUGUGUAGGAUAAUUUAGAUUCUUGAUUAUCUUUUUCUUCCCAUUUUGAUUCUUUGCUUGUGCUCCUUUGAAGCCAUCUUUUCUCUCUCUACAGAUAGAGAAACUUUGAAACGUAAUUGAGGAAAAAUGAGAAGUGUAUUUGAUAUCA